GUGAACACUCUAGCAGUGGUUUGAUGGCGCUGUACGUAUCUCCAGUGAAGGACGCUCACAGGACGUUUCGGUCGGGGAUGAAAGCGUCACCUGUGCAUUUCACGUGUUGUACUUCGCCUCAGUGAAUACGGCGAGAGGAAAGUUUUGUCACGACAUAAUUUACAAAAAAAAAAAAAAAAAAAACACUUGCCAGGGAAAGGAGAUUAAGUAAACAACUCAGUUUACGCGUUCGUUCAUGGAGCUAUGGGUGCAAGCAGAACGAAUUCGGGCACGGUUAUGGGCUACAAUUGGACGAAUUUUUAAAUGGCAUUGUUCGCUCCUUAAUAGAAAGUCGCUCCCUUUUCUAUCAUGGACGGUCUCCGGAAUGUGUAAUACGUUCGUGUUAUUUCCGUGCCAGCAGAAUCCGCGCACCUGGGAACACGCAUUGUAAUAUCCUUUCUAAACACAUGGUUACAUGACUGCAAGCUCCAAAAUUUCACGUCACUGGAAGCAUCUUAGCUGUUUGGAAACUACUUUUGUUAACUUUAUUAACUAUCUGAGAGAGAUAUCAACGGUCAAAAUCGACGGGGUGGAAUCACCAGAAAAGAGCAAUGAUGUCCUCCAAAGAUAAUGCUUGUCGGAAGUUUCAAGCGAAUAUUUUUAACAAAAGUAAAUGUCAGAAUUGUUUUAAACCCAGAGAGUCGCAUUUAUUGAACGCCGAAGAUUUAAGCCAGGCUAAACCCAUAUAUGGAGGCUGGCUGCUUCUGGCUCCAGAGGGAACCAACUUUGACAAUCCAGGACACAGAUCUCGGAAGUGGCAGAGACGGUUCUUCAUCCUGUAUGAGCAUGGGUUACUGCGCUAUGCCCUGGACGAGAUGCCCAGCACUCUGCCCCAGGGCACCAUCAACAUGAGCCGCUGCUCGGCCGUGCUGGACGCCGAGCCUCAGACCGGCCACAGCCACGCCCUGUGCAUCCGCACCCCCGACACACAGCACUUCAUUCGCGCAGAGAGCAAGGAGGCCAUCCACGGGUGGCAGGAGAGUCUGGAGGGGUUCAUCAGGACCAACAAGCACAACCAGAAGAAGAAGAAACGCAAGGACGUCCCGCAGGAGACCGGUCGGGCCAAAGGGACGGUGAUGAUCAGUAACGGCGGUGAGGCCGGCGGAACCCAGCCCAGAGACGCCCCCUGCAGUCGCCCGGCGGGAUGGCAGGAGCAGCGCGGCCGGACAGCUGUCCCCUGCAGCCACAGCGCCCCCUCUCUGCACCAGCCAGAGUGCGGCCCGCUGCUCCAAAGCUCCUCCUCUUCAGGGUCACUCAGAGACCACUCUAAACAGGGCUCCCUGAAUGGAAGCAGAAAGGAGCGUGCUGAAAGCGGGUACUUCUCCCUGGAGAAGCCCAAACCGGACUCUCAACCUCCCCAGCGCCCCCGCCACCUACCCCUGUCCUCCCCCAGCGGCCCCGAGGGGCCCCACAGGUACCCCUCCUCUGACCCGGACCCCCUCACUUCCCCUCUCCCCCCGGACUCCCUCCGCUCCAACGGCACCUCCACCUUCAGCGCCUCCCUCACCUCCCUGGACUCCGACCUCAGCCCCGCCACGCCCAAAAGCCCGACCGCGCCCACCAUCGUGACCACGCCCCCCAGCUGCGAAGACGAGGAGGAGGAGGACGAGGGCAGGGUCUGGGGCGGCGGCUGCGGCGGGGAGCGGGCGGGGCGGGGCGGCCGCCGCCCCCCCGUGAGCUACGCCUCGCUGGCGGACGUGCCCAAAGCCAAGCGCCUGACCCAGCGGCUGGCACUCAGCGCCCACAGGAAGAGGCUGGAGCAGCGGGCACGCAGCCCGGGCAGGGAGGAGGUGGCACGUCUGUUCGGCCUGGAGCGCAGGAGGCCCCAGGUGAUAGAGAAGUUUGAGAUGCUGGAGGGAGACGGCGUGGAGCACGUGGAGACCAGCUGCGCCUCCUCCUCCUCAGGACCUCCCUCCUCCUCCUGCUCCUCCAACAGCGCCUCCCGCCAGGGCCGGAUCGAGAGACGCCACGUCGCCAAGAACCAGAUGAUGUCAUUAGAUGCCUCUACGGAACGUUCCAUGCCUGAUGUCUCCAGGUCUUCUCUGUUCAGCAGCCGCCGCGCGAAAUCCCUGGACCGGAAGGCCCCAGAAUCCUCUGUGACGCCCGACCUGUUGAAUUUUAAGAAAGGAUGGAUGACCAAACCGCACGAAGAUGGAACUUGGAGGAAGCACUGGUUCGUUCUCACCGACCAGAGCCUGCGCUUCUUCAGGGACUCCAUCGCCGAGGAGGCUGCUGAUUUGGACGGCGAGAUAGACCUGUCCACUUGUUAUGAUGUCACCGAGUUCCCGGUGCCGAGGAAUUAUGGGUUCCAAGUCCACACGAAGGAGGGCCCGUUCACCCUCUGCGCCAUGACCUCCGGGAUCCGCCGCAGCUGGAUGCAGGCCCUCCGGCAGAGCGCGCGCCCCGCGGCCGCCCCCGACGUCACCCGCACCCUCCCCGGGGAAAAGGCCGAUGUCGGGGCCGCGUUGGGAUUCUGCCCCCCGCCCCUCCCGGAGGUCCGUCCCGGCGCGGAGAGCCCUGCGACUGGGGGAACCGUCCCGUCAGGGAGCGGCUGUGGCUCGGAACCGCGGAAGAGAAUCUGGAACCGGCGGCACGGAGGGUGCCGUAACGCCUUAGACUGGGCGGAAAUAUACCCCGGGCUGGCCCAGGAGAACUGCACAGCGCCACCCGGUGGACAUCCGAAGGGAAGCACUGACGCUGUGGAUGGCGGCUCCACAGCCUCCCCUGACUCCUCCUCCUCCUGUCCGGCAUUCCCGGGCUCCUCUUUGCCCGUGGCGGAGGAGGCGCGGGAGGGGGAGCGGGGACGGCGACGCAGUGAGGGAAGACCUUGCUUCCAGGUGGCGUCAGCACCCACGACUCCCGCUUUCACCCGGCCAAUCGCGGCACCCGCUUCCCGGGUGGGCGGGGACGGGCAGGAGGUGGGGCAGUUGCCGGGCGACGUUCCCGACGUGCGGGUGGAGAUCGAGCAGCAGUGGCUGCAGGUGGAGACCACGCCCCUCCGCGAGGAGAAGCAGAUCCCCAUCUCCGGCGCCCUCCCCUCGGACCCUCCCCCUGAGAGACCCCCCCUUCAGACAGCUCCACUGGGCAGCCAGCUGGAGCAGGUGCAGCUGGAGCUGUCCAGACUGCAGGAGCACAACGGCCUCCUGCAAGAGCAGCUGCGGGAGGGCCAGUCACGUGGGCGGAGCGACAGGGAGGGCUAUGUGCUGCAGAGCGGCUUUCCACUGUGUUCCUCGGGGUGUGCGGACUCCUGCCGGCAGCUGAACCGGCUGAAGCAGGACCAGCAGCUGCAGCCGGAGGGGCGGCAACAGGACCCCUCUGCCCAGCAGGCGCAGGUCCUGGAGCCCACCGUCAGCGAGGCGGAGAUCCAGGCCCUGCGGGCCCAGCUGACCGACACGGCCGCUGAGCUCCUCGCUAGGGAGAGAGCAGUGUCCGAGGCACUCGGGGAGACGGCGCUGGAGCGCGAGCGGUUCCAGGACCAGAGGGAGGAGUGGGCGCACAGCGAGCGAACCCUUCGGGUCCAGCUCCGGGACACCGAGGACCGGCUGAGGGACGUGGAGGCCUGCCUUCUGGAGAAGAGCCAGGCCCUGCGGGACCUGGAGCGGCAGCAGGCCCUGCAGCAGGACUACGGGAAGGAGGUGCAGAACCUCCAGGAGAGCCUGUCGGAGGUCACAGCUAGACUGGUCGCCGCACAGGAGACCCAGGCCCUGAAGGAGGAGAGUCUCGAGACGAGCCGGGACCUCCCACACGAGAGCUGGGAUAAGGAGAGGCAGUGCCUGAUGGAGCGGCUUGCGGAGGUUGAGGCGAGGAGACACGAGCUGGAGGACCAGCUGCGGACGGCAGAGCUGCAGGGAGAGCGCGGUGACCUGGUGCAUCGGCUGGAGGAGCAGCUCGCCACUAAGACGGAUGCCAUACAGGACCUGACGGAAAUGACCAGGCGGCUGACGGACGAGAAGGACCAGCUGACCUGCCGCUGCCAGGAGCUUCUCAACCAGAUCACCGAGGCGGACAACGAGGUGAGUAAACUUCAGUCCCGCCUCGCGGUGGAAGAGACUGACUACUGCAGCCUGGACCGCUCUUACCACAAGCUCUACGAGGAGUUCCAGAGGAUCAGCCAGGUCCUCUGGGAGAAGGAAGAGGAGAUACAGGAGGUCAAGGAGAUUUAUGAGAGGCAGGCGGAGAUGAAAGAGAAGGACCUCAACGAGGCCCUGGUGAAAUUGGCUGCCUUGGAAUGCCGUCUGGAGGAGACCCAGCUCAAGCUGCAGGCGAAAGAAGAAGCCGUCUGCAGGGUUAGUCAGGGGAGCAUGGAGCCGUGCGCUGCGGAGAGGGACCUGGGGGGUGAACUAACGGCUGCGGAGAACCGCAUCGCUGAGCUGGAGCAGGAGCUGAGCAGCAUGCGGCUGGCUUACACCGCCCUUCAGAGGGACUGUAGUACAGUACAGGGAGACCCUUAUGUCCAGGAGAGCUCAAGCAAACAGGAUAAGUUGACUGAUGCCAUCCACCCAGAAGACAUCGGAAAAAUCAACAACCCCUCACUGAUAGACCACGAUCCUUCAGAAGAGAAUGGUUCCUCAGACACAUUGCUGGAGUCUGUUGCCUCUGCUGGUGGUGCCAUGGACACGGAGAAGUUCAUCGGCAUUAUCAACACACUGGAGAACAAACUGUACUCCUCAGAGGAGAAGCUAAAGGACAUCACUCUGAAGCUGGAGGAGCAGGAGGGCCUCAAAACGGAGGCCGUGAAGGAGCAGCGCACCCAGUGGGCCGAGCUCGAGGCAGAGCUGUGCUUGACACUCAGCGAGUGCAUGUCCAGAGAGUGCCGGCUCUACGCCCAGCUCCAGGACGAUUUGGACGAGAGGCGCACUUUCGGCAAGGAAGCCGACUGCCGUGUUAGUGCGGAAAAUGGUGCAUGUGCAAAGGCUUUAGCCUGCCUGGAGCUCAGUAGGGAGAAGGUCCAGUCCAUACUGAGAGGUCGCCAGGAAGGUUGUGCCGAAACGCAGAGUCACACGCUGUCAGAGAUCGAGGCCGAGUUAUGCAACGCCACUCUUCACAUUAGGCGAGGAGGGAACGGUCUGGAGGAACAGAAGCUGGAUCAUCAAGGAACUCGGAAUCUGGGAAUGAAGGAAAACAAGGUAUCAGGACUGGACAGAAUAGAACUGUCUGCCCAUAUGCUAGAAUUUGAGGCUCUUGUUUUGAAAAAGAUGGCUUUAUCAGUGCGGAAUCCGAUCAGCGACCUUUUGCAGAGCCUCAGAGAGAUCCACCAAGAAGCAGAGAACUUGAAAAGAGGUAAUGAGAGUUAUGUGGCUAUCAUAUAUGCAGAUGUUGUGGCUAGGAAGUUGAUGGUAGAAUGUGAGUUUUGGGCCGAGGUGGAUAAGCUGGAGGUUCAGACUGAAGAGCCUGAAGAUUGGCUCCAGAGUGUAAGAGACUCCGCUGAAGAAAAUUCUGAUGUCACAAGCAGCAACUGUGUCCAAACUGACUUGGCAAACUCAAUACAGAAUCUUAAGUCCUUUUACGACGAGAAGUUUCGAAAGCUACAGAGCGAGCUGCUGGAAGCGCAUGCAAAUUUAAAGCGCAGGGAAGUCGCACUGAAAGAGGUGGUCAGCGCCUCGAAACGGGCAGGCUUUGGCAGGCUAGGUCAGGGGCUCAGUGACGAGAUUGACCGUAGUCAGGGAACAACGCUGGCUUACAUCAGUCCUCCCGAACUCGCCCCCUAUUUAGAGCAGAUCACGAUGGAGGAGGCCCGUGACUUGGCAGAGGAGAUUGUCAGUCAGCAUCUUCAGAGAGAUGUGCUCAUCUGCCACGUCGAAGCCGUAGAUUCCCCACGCGUUGGUCAAGAGAGACUAGCCACUGAGCUGCAGUUACAAGCAGAGGUCCUCCAGCGUCUCUCUCGUGAGUUAGAGGCCACCUACGAGACUGAAAUGGGUAGUGUCCGUCCCUGUUUGAUCAAUGUUUUACACAAUAAGCACUACAAGCCUGCUGGUAAUGUCGCUAGCAGCACUCUGUCCAUGCAAGAGACCACAAUUCCCUUUGUAGCAUGCAAACCAAGUAUGGGACAGGAGAGGGACAUGAAGCAGUGUAACGGAGCCCGUCAGAGCACGGGUGGACCAUGUCAGGAGUACGACCCCAGCAUAGGCGCCGCCCAUGAGGGGUGCAUCACCUCUCUUCAGGAGGAGUGCCAGAGCCUCACCCAGGCAUUGGCCGGCCUCCGAGAGGAGAACCACGCCCUGAGGCAGGAGGUGUCCCACUACGCCGGCGAGCUCUCCCAGCGGCGGGAGCAGACGGAGCGGAUGGAGGAGCGUUUCCAGGCGGAGGCGGAGGAGCUGAAAGCUCUGUACGAGAUGGAGAUUGGCGAGGCCGAGCAGAGGAUGACGGCCAACGAGCUGAGCCUGAUGGAGAAGAUGGCCGACUGCCAGCAGAAGCUGGAGGUGCUCCUCCUGGACAUCGAGGGAAUGGAGGACCGCCAUGAGGAGCACGUGCGGAAGCUGGAGGCCCAGUCCCAGGGGAGGAUGGAGGAGCUGCACUGGGCCCACCGGGAGGAAGUGGAACGGAUGCAGUCCCAGCACACGCAGAGCCUCCGUACCUUGCUGGACGCACUGGACAGGCUGCAGGCCAAGCACCCCGAGGACUCGCCCCUCCCCGAGCUGGCCGUGCCCCCUCUUGACCAGGCCAUGCUCCCUCAUGACCAGGCCCCAUCCCACCAUGACCAGGCCCCAUCCCCCCAUGACCAGGUCCCGUCCCCCCAUGACCAGGCCCCGUCCCCCCAUGACCAGGCCCCGCCCCUCCACGACCAGGCCCCGCCCACAGAGGGCCAGGCUGGGGAAACUGGCACGGUGGAGCUGGACUCCACGACAGUGCUGAGGCAGAGGAUCCAGGAGCUGGAGAUGCAGGUGAACUCCAUGCAGGACCAGCUGGGGAAUAAGACCCCGGGGGAGGACGUGUCCAGCCUGAAGGAGAAAUACCAGAAAGACCUGGAAAAUUUGAAGGCUACCUGUGAGCGAGGGUUCGCAGAGAUGGAGGAGACGCACCUGAAAGUGAUUGAGGAGAUCCAGCGACAGCACCAGAGGGAGGUGGCCCACCUCCGGGAAGAGCGGGAGCGGCUGCUGGCUGAGGAGACGGCCGCCACCAUCUCCGCACUGGAAUCCAUGAAGAAUGCCCAUCGGAAAGAGCUGGAGAAAACGCAGCGCUCCCAGCUCAACGGAGCCAAUGCCGACGUCCAGGCACUGACGCAGCAGUACCGGGAGGAGCUGCAGUCCGUUCAGCGGGAGCUGGAGGUCCUGUCGGAGCAGUACUCCCAGAAGUGCCUGGAGAACGUGCACCUGGCCCAGGCGCUGGAGUCUGAGAGGCAGGCGCUGUCCCAGUGCCAGCGGGAGAACCAGGAGCUCAGCGUGCACAUUCAGGAGCUGAAUGAGCGCCUGACAGUGGAGAUCACUCGUAUGCGGUCCUGCCUCAGUGGGGAGGGGUCCCCAGCCCAAGCGCAGGGCAAGGACCUGUAUGAACUUGAGGUCCUCCUGAGGGUGAAGGACUCAGAAAUCCAGUAUCUCAAGCAGGAAGUCCACUCGCUGAAAGAUGAGCUGCAGUCUGUGCUGAAGGAUAAGAAGUACGUAUCGGACAAGUACAAGGACAUCUACACCGAGCUGAGUGUCGUCAAGGCCAAGGCGGACUGUGACGUCAGCAAGCUGAAGCAGCAACUGAGGGUGGCCGCAGAGGCCCUGGGAGAGAGGGUGGCUGAGGCUCCGCCCACUGCGCCAGCGUACGACAUCCUGAAAUCUAAAAGCAGUCCAGACUUUCUGAAGAAGGAAUAUUCAGGCUUCAGCAGACAGAUCGGAGGGGUCAGGUCAAAGGGGUCAGACGUUGAGCGGGUAUCAUUGGACAGCUGACUGGCCCCCCAGGGUGUGGGGACGUGAGUCUCCCUGAGGUGCAGAUACUGACCCAUCUCUCUGUGUCCCAGAGACUGAAGGGGAGAAGCCCGUAGGUGCAGGAACGCACCGAGCUGUUUGACUCACUCCACCCCCUCCAGGAUGAUGUGUGCGCCUCUUCAUCUCCCCAGCGUGAGGCGCUGUUGGUGACUCAGUAACGCGCAGACCCUCCUGCGGCGGGUGUCUGUAAUCGCUGUGGGUAACGUGUGCACAGCAGUAGAGUGGCUCGUGGGGGGGGGGGGGGGCUACCCUUGUGUGCCAGACCGCUAGCCCCUUCCAGACUGAGAGGGGUGACUCGAAUCCUGUCGAAUCCUGAGCUCGAGGGACCUGGGGGGACCACAGAAGCCAAAGCGAAAGCUCUGUCUUCAUGCUGACCCCGCUGUCCGUGGAAAGAUAAGAACACCGCGUCGUCUCCUCCUUCUACGUUUUCAAAUGUAUGCUUUCUGUUUAUCAAACCUUCUCAAACUGGAACAAACGAGGGAAGAAGACUGCUGACAAAUGACACUGGCGCCAAUUUACAGUUAAAGCCAAUCAUCGCCCGGCAGGACAGCUUUUGUGUUCGUGGAAGACCGUGCACAGGAAGCGUUUCUGCGUUUUGGCUGCCUACUGGUGAAGGUUUACAGCGUGUCACUGCGUAGUCUUUGGCUGUGUCACCAUGGGCACUUUUAUAUUGUUAUUCACUGUUUCACCUUGAUUAGUCUGUGCUAGUAGAUACCCUUAAAAACACGAGAGGAUCCUUUUGUUGCUUCUGUCCAGGAGACAAAGCAGCAUCAGAUAGAAUAAUAAAUAUUUAAAUAAUAUACUCUGAGCUCAGUUGGAGUGUAAGCACAAGCAAAACACAACUAUUGCUGGUGUAUUGUAGUAAUAUAGAUGUAGCUAGCAUCAGACUCGAUCCUUUUUCUUUCACCAAAACGUAACCAAAAUGUAAAUAUUUAACCAAGGAGAUCCUCAUAGAUCAGUUUUUUUUCCAACUGAAAUCCUAUCUGAGCUAUUUUUUAAAGAUGUGUAACAUGGCUUUUGUAUUUAAGGCUUCAGUUUUGCUUCUUGUGUACACAACAAAUACUGUGAAUUGUUAGAAGGGAAGAAUCCAAUUAGCAUCGAUAGCGGUGUUUUGAUCUUCCCCUUUUUUUAGAUGAACACUAAUGUUGCUCAUCUUCAUGAUUGCCAAACGUGGAUCUGUUAGGACACCGUAAUCUAGAAGCACAUAUGACAGCACAUGCUCAACUAAAGAAAUGAGUGCAAAUCUAGUUUGCAGUCGAUUGAAAAUGGCUUUGACCAACUGCCCCUCCCACGUAUGACAUCAUACUGUGCCCCUCCCACAUAUGACAUCACACUGUGCUCCAGUUUCUCCUCGUGUGCUUCUUCCAGUGUCCGUCAGAAAGGAGUUUGAGUGGCAGUGCCAUUCCUUGCCAGGCUGACCUCAUUGUUUUCUCGUCCUCAGCCCUUCUCACUUGACUCACUUGUUGCUUCCAGACUAUUCCGUCUCUUCCUCAUUGGAAAAAAAAAAAAUCAAACUCUAAGUUAAGUCUUGCAUCAAAGUACACUGUUCAGUAUUCAGAGCAUAACUUGUACAUAAUUGUUUGCCAGAAUUUAUUUGUGUUUUUUUAAUUUCAGUUUUCGCACUGUACAUAUGAAUGGUGGUUUGAAUGUAAAACCUUAUAAAUAAAUGUGGCUUUUUUUGAACAUAA